AUGAAGCAAGUUCAUAAUGAAAAGGAAAACCAAACCAUUAUCUCUGAGUUCCUUCUCCUGGGCCUGCCAAUCCAUCCAGAGAUGAAGGCUCCUUUCUAUGCCCUCUUCCUGACUAUGUAUCUUACUACAGUCCUUGGGAACAUGCUUAUUAUCCUCUUGAUUCAUGUGGAUUCCCACCUGCACACACCCAUGUAUCUGUUCCUCAGCAACCUGUCCUUCUCUGACAUAUGUUUCUCUUCUGUCACCAUUCCCAAACUGCUGGUAAACAUGCAAAGCAAAAAACCAGCCAUUGCCUAUCCUGGCUGCCUGACCCAGAUGUACUUCUUCCUUUUUUUUGCAGACUUAGAGAGCUUCCUGCUGGUAGCCAUGGCCUAUGACCGCUAUGUAGCCAUCUGCUAUCCACUACACUACACAGUCAUGAUGAACCCCAAGUUGUGCAGCUCUCUUGUGGUGCUUUCCUGGGUCCUUACUGCCUUCCAUGCCUUACUGCACACCCUGCUCAUGUCUCGAUUAUCUUUCUGUGUCAACAACAUUAUCCCCCACUUCUUCUGUGACAUGUCUGCCCUACUGAAAUUAGCCUGUUCAGACACCCAGCUAAAUGAAUUGGUAAUCUUUGUCAUGGGGGGACUGAUUUUGGUUGUGCCAUUCCUGCUAAUUAUCACAUCUUAUGCUCGUAUCAUCUCUUCUAUCCUCAGGGUGCCCUCUGUGAGGGGCAUCCGCAAAGCCUUCUCUACUUGUGGUUCCCAUCUCUCAGUGGUCUCUCUCUUCUAUGGAACAGUCAUUGGCCUUUACUUGUGCCCUUCAACAAACAACUCCACAGUCAAGGAGACAGUCAUGUCAAUCAUGUACACUGUGGUAACACCAAUGCUAAAUCCUUUUAUCUAUAGUCUGAGGAAUCAAGACAUGAAAGGAGCCUUCAGGAAGCUUCUGGCUGCAAGAAAAUUCCCCUCUCUCUGA